CGGCUGCCUCUUUUCAGGAAGGUUCGGGGGGGGGAGGGGAAGCGACUCCUCGUGUGCAGUCCGGCCGCCUUCCCUACAUCGUCCUGCGGCAUGGCCGACUACCUGAUCAGCGGGGGGACCAGCUACGUCCCGGAUGACGGGCUCACCUCACAGCAACUGUUCGGUGCCGGAGACGGACUGACCUACAAUGACUUCCUCAUCCUCCCCGGGUACAUCGACUUCACAUCUGAUCAAGUGGACCUCACCUCGGCUCUCACCAAGAAGAUCACAUUGAAGACCCCUCUUGUCUCCUCGCCCAUGGACACCGUAACAGAAGCCAACAUGGCCAUCGCAAUGGCGCUGACUGGUGGGAUCGGCAUUGUCCAUCACAACUGUACGCCGGAGUUCCAGGCCAACGAAGUGCGAAAAGUAAAGAAAUAUGAACAAGGAUUCAUCACAGAUCCGGUCGUCCUGAGCCCCACACACAAAGUACGAGACGUAUUUGAAGCCAAGGCUCGUCACGGGUUCUGCGGCAUCCCCAUCACAGAGAGCGGAAAAAUGGGAGGGAAACUAGUGGGGAUCAUUUCAUCCAGAGAUAUCGACUUUCUGAGAUCCGACGAGCAUGACCUGCUUCUAAACGAGGUCAUGACCAGGCGGGAAGAUCUGGUUGUCGCCCCAGCCGGUGUUACGUUAAAAGAAGCCAAUGAAAUUCUGCAGAGAAGUAAAAAAGGCAAACUACCGAUCGUUAAUCAGGACGAUGAGUUGGUGGCGAUCAUCGCACGCACAGAUUUGAAGAAGAAUCGGGAUUAUCCGCUGGCAUCAAAGGACUCCAAGAAACAGCUGCUGUGCGGCGCCGCCAUCGGAACGCACGAGGACGACAAAUACCGUCUCGAUCUCCUGGUGCAGGCUGGAGUGGAUGCCGUGGUGCUGGACUCGUCGCAAGGAAAUUCCAUCUUCCAGAUAAAUAUGAUCCAAUACAUUAAGGAGAAAUACACAGAUGUUCAGGUCGUCGCUGGAAAUGUUGUGACGGCAGCCCAGGCGAAAAAUCUGAUCGAUGCCGGAGCGGACGCUCUGAGAGUCGGGAUGGGAAGCGGCUCCAUCUGUAUUACACAAGAAGCUGCGCCAACGAUCCCGCCAGACCUAAAGUCUCACAGCCCCAAAUGCCCCACUACUGUGACAGGCACUUAUAUGCUGGCGUGCGGCAGGCCCCAGGCCACAGCGGUGUACAAGGUUUCAGAAUACGCCAGAAGAUUCGGUGUCCCAGUCAUUGCUGAUGGUGGAAUCCAAAAUGUUGGACACAUAGCAAAGGCUCUUGCCCUUGGUGCCUCCACAGUCAUGAUGGGUUCGUUGCUGGCAGCGACCACAGAAUCACCAGGUGAAUAUUUCUUCUCGGAUGGCAUUCGGUUAAAGAAGUACCGUGGCAUGGGCUCUCUGGACGCAAUGGACAAGAACGUGAGCAGCCAAAAGAGAUAUUUCAGCGAGUGCGACAAGAUCAAAGUUGCUCAGGGAGUUUCCGGUGCCAUACAAGACAAAGGAUCCAUUCACAAGUUUGUUCCUUAUCUGAUUGCUGGAAUCCAGCACUCCUGCCAGGAUAUAGGCGCCAAGAGCUUAACGCAACUCAGGGCGAUGAUGUUUUCGGGAGAGCUGAAGUUUGAGAAGAGGACCAGGUCUGCACAGGUGGAGGGAGGCGUGCAUGGACUCCAUUCGUAUGAGAAGAGAUUGUUCUGACACUGCUGAGCCACAUCACCACCCACCGUUCAGAAUGUAGCAGCCGCCAUCAUCGCAUGCCUUGUGUGUGGAGCCUUUUCCAGCUGCAGCCGCCUUACCCUCAUCCAUGCUACUCUCAAAGGAUUCUGGGUACUCGGAGGAAAUCACGUUACUGAGCACCAAUUACUACUGUGCCUGCUGUUUUUACAAUAAAAGUAUCAAUUUUAGUGA